AUGUCCACAAAAGCUUACUUAGAAAGAAGGAAUUGGUGGGCUUGGUUUACAACUGCUGCUAUUGGUGGAAUGAUGGUAGCAGCGGCUGGCCUUGCAGGAUUUUGGUGGGUUAAUUCUUGUGGUACGACUGCUGCUAUCGCUACUUCACAGUGUUGGUAUGCAGCUGCUGGUAUAACUGUUAUGGGUGGUAUUGGGCUUGCUUUGACUGUUGCAGGAGGAGCCAAUUUGGGUAAUUCCAAAAGAGAUGUCGUCACAGAUACAUUAAGUGAGGUGAAUGACAUAUUGAGCUCUGUACCUGGUGUGAGCAGUGUCAGAUUGUUUCACAUAGCUGAUGCAGAUACAGAACCAGUCGGAGAAAAGAGGGACGCAGAUGAAGGUACUAUCGCUAACGCAAACCUUAUCACUUGGAAAUCUGUCUACGGUAACCAUGCAGCCGCCCAUACCACUGGCAUCAAAAAUAUAACAGAGUUAGCAACCUAUAUCGUACAAUCCCGGCCAGUCUUAGCCAAUGUUGAUACCAUUGAUAACUUCAACAGUAGUACCAUUAGCAACAGAGUCAGACUCAGACAGAACUACUUCGACGUCAACUAUGUUGCUUGGAACUGGGAUAAUGUAAACCAUGAUUUGGAUAGAGUUCUUUCUCAGGACCGUGGAAUGGAGGAAAUGUGGGAAUAUGAUCAAGAAGUUCCCAAUUUUUUUCAUAAUAAUGGCGGUUGGAAAUAUUGUGCAACUGCAACAGUAAAUCCCAAUCCAGGACAUAAUGAGGGUUAUAAUGAUAUUGGCAGAGGAAAUGCCGUUCAUGGGGAGUUCUAUUUCAAUACUUACGGUGGAGUUGAUGGUUAUUGUAAUGAUAACAAAGAUGGGGCUCAGUGUAGAGCCAUCUCUUCCAAAGGAUGCGUUGACUUGAAGGUUCGACUUCCAGCUGAAACUCCCCUCAACAAGAAGAGAAAACUCGGUUCCAACACCACAGUUUUGGAAGAGAAGACAAGAGUUGGUACCACGGCCAAUCAUUUCUUUGAAUUUGUCAAGUCUGUGCUUAGAGAAAUUGAGACAAACAAGACACUUCAAGAGAUCAAGUAUUUGAUACUUGACAACGCAGCCAUCCACAAACGUUGUGAUAUCCAGUUAUUAGUAGCACUGAGUGGAAUGGAGCUAGUGUUUUUGCCUCCUUAUUCGCCAAGACUCAAUUCCAUUGAAGAGUUCUGGUCCGUGUGUAAGCCUAUCUAG